AUGGCGGCGGCCCCGGGGAGCGGCCGCGCCUCAGCGCCCCGGCUGCUGGCGCUCCUGCUGCUACUUCCGCUGCUGUGGGCCCCGGCCCGGGUCCGGGCGGCCCCCGACGAAGACAGCCUCCGGAACAAGGAGCCGCCGGCGCCCGCGCAGCAGCUGCAGCCCCAGCCCGUGGCCGCGCAGGGCCCCGAGCCGCCGCGGGCCGAGAAAGGACUCACACCAGCUGUCCCAGUUCAUACUAAUAAAGAAGAUACAGACACCCAAACUAAUUUGGGGUUUAUCCAUGCAUUUGUUGCUGCCAUAUCAGUUAUCAUUGUAUCUGAACUGGGUGAUAAGACAUUUUUUAUAGCAGCCAUUAUGGCAAUGCGCUAUAACCGUUUGACAGUGUUGGCUGGUGCUAUGCUUGCCUUGGGCUUAAUGACGUGCUUAUCAGUUUUGUUUGGCUAUGCCACCACAGUCAUCCCCAGGGUGUAUACCUACUAUGUUUCAACCGCAUUAUUUGCCAUUUUUGGCAUUCGCAUGCUUCGGGAAGGCUUAAAGAUGAGUCCAGAUGAAGGUCAAGAGGAACUGGAAGAAGUUCAAGCAGAAUUAAAGAAAAAAGAUGAAGAAUUUCAACGAACCAAACUCUUAAAUGGACCAGGAGAUGUUGAAACAGGGACAAGCACGAUACCUCAGAAGAAGUGGCUGCAUUUUAUCUCACCCAUCUUUGUACAAGCACUUACAUUAACAUUCUUAGCAGAGUGGGGCGAUCGCUCUCAACUAACUACCAUUGUUUUGGCAGCUAGAGAGGAUCCCUAUGGUGUAGCUGUUGGAGGGACAGUGGGACACUGCUUAUGCACUGGAUUGGCUGUAAUUGGAGGAAGAAUGAUAGCACAGAAAAUCUCUGUCAGAACUGUGACAAUCAUAGGAGGCAUCGUAUUUUUGGCAUUCGCAUUUUCUGCACUAUUUAUAAGUCCUGAUUCUGGUUUUUAA